CAGGAAGCCCUGCGACCCAGGUGUUGCCCGCCCCCCAACCCCCUCCCGCCCUCUGCAGAAGCGGCCGCAGCCAUGGCGGGGAUGAAGACGGCCUCCGGGGACUACAUUGACGCGUCUUGGGAGCUGCGGGUGUUUGUGGGGGACCCGGACCCAGAGGCCGAGUCAGUCAUGCUCCGGGUCACCGGGGAGCUGCACAUUGGCGGGCUGCUGCUGAAGGUCGUGGAGCAGAUCAACCGCAAGCAGGACUGGUCCGACCACGCGCUUUGGUGGGAGCAGAAGAAGCAGUGGCUGCUGCAGACCCACUGGACGCUGGACAAGUACGGGAUCCUGGCCGACGCCCGGCUCUUCUUCGGGCCCCAGCACCAGCCGGUCAUCCUGCGGCUGCCCAACCGCCGUGCCCUGCGCCUGCGUGCCAGCUUCUCCCAGCCGCUCUUCCAGGCCGUGGCCGCCAUCUGCCGCCUCCUCAGUAUCCGGCACCCCGAGGAGCUGUCCCUGCUCCGGGCUCCGGAGAAGAAGGAGAAGAAGAAGAAGGAGAAGGAGCCGGAGGAAGAGGUGUAUGACCUGACCAGGGUCGUCCUGGCCGGCGGCGUGGCCCCCACGCUGUUCCGGGGGAUGCCUGCGCACUUCUCAGACAGCGCCCAGACAGAGGCCUGCUACCACGUGCUGAGCCGGCCGCAGCCGCCGCCCGACCCCCUCCUGCUCCAGCGCCUGCCCCGGCCGGGCUCCCUGUCCGACAAGACGCAGCUGCACAGCAGGUGGCUGGACUCCUCGCGGUGCCUGAUGCAGCAGGGCGUCAAGGCCGGCGACGUGCUUUGGCUGCGCUUCAAGUACUACAGCUUCUUCGACCUGGACCCCAAG